AUGCUACUAUACUGUUUCACGUCCGCUAGGACAGGAGAGGUCCAUGAAUCAACCGCGCGACGAGCUAGCGCUAGAGAGAAAACGGCAAAGGAGUCUGACGAGGACCUAGAAGCUCGUGUGAUGGCAGCCUGUUAUAAGGUUUAUAAAGAAGAUGUGCCACUUUUUUUUUUUAAUAUUUUCACGUUCUUUCUACCACUGGCAUCCGCCGAUUAUGCCUUCCGAGAUUACUCCUCUGCACAUAAGAUCCUUGAUGCAGCGGAAGCCUAUAAUAUUGAUCCCUUAGAAAACAAUAUCCUAGAGGUAAUUCACUUUGAGGAUUCUAUCCGAGAUGUUCCUUUAUUCCGUCCAUUAAGUGAGCUUCAGGUCACGAAGAGCACUGGAAGAUCUCGAGGAGCAGAUGUAUUUAGGAAAGAGUUCGCUAGCCUUGGCCACCGCAGCGGAUACACUCGUAAUGUGACCAUCCGUAGCUGCCGGCGAUGGGCGCUAAUGCAAGUAGACAAAAACUACUCUAAGACUGCUAGGAUGAAAUUUGCGAGUUAUGUGAGUCGUGAUACACACAGCAAACAUUACGCGCACCCUCUUAGCGAGGUAGAGGGACUAGCCAAUUACCUCGGAAUUGAAAGCCGCAACGACCAUAUCCAAAAUCGUCGCGGAAUGGGAAUGCAUCAUAAUCCAUAG